AUGGUCGCUGCUAAAAGACUAUGGAUAAAAUUAAGAUUACCUACAAAAUUUUUAGGUACUCUACCUAAAUUUGAACCAUUUGUAUCGAAAACAAGAUUGAAAAAAAUAGCACAAGAAGAAAGAAGAAUAGCUGCAGGACUACAAUCAUCAACAACACUGCAGAAAUCAUCACCAGCUCCAGAUGGAGGUUCAGUAACCCCAGCACCAAAUGCAACAACUUCAACUACGGGAGGUUCAAGUAGUGGAGGUAUAAGUCAAUAUAAAAUUAAUGUUGGUUUGAAAGAAAGUUCUACAUCGGGUUUAACAAUGAAUAGUAUAAAUAGUGCAUUAUAUACUUUGGAUAAAUCUGGUAAACCAUGCAAAAGAUGGGUUAAAAAGCAAAGAGAAUUCAAAUCAUUUACUGGAUUCAAGAUGAAGUAUACGCGUUAUGAACCAAAAGAAUCAAACAAUCCAUUAAAGAUUACUAUAAAAAAACCGGAUUCAAUGAAAGAAAAAUCUAAUGGUAAAGCAGAAGGCUCUCCAAUAAAAGUAGAAAUUACAGCUUGA